GUAAAUCUUGAUCAAGUUUUUCCAAGGACAUCAAGUGCAGAGGUAUCAAUAAAUCUUGAUCAAGAAUUUUCAAGAAAAAAAAUCUUUAAAGAACUUGUGCAGAUUUUCUCUUUCUGCAAGACGUGGGGAUAGUGGUCUGUUUAAAUCAUUUUUCCAUGAAGUUUUCAAGAGCGUCAAAGAUAUUGAUGAAAAUUGUCGUGCAUCUCUGAAUGAUCAGGUUAAAAAUUUGGCCUACUUAUCGAAGAAAUAUAAAUUGUCAAAUAUUUUGGAUAUAAGCCGUAUUCGUAAUCAUUUCAAACUGAAUUCAGGUGAGCUAGUGAAAGUAUCAGUGAGAUGUGAUGAGGAUUCAUCAACAACGGUUGAGAAAGAUGUAACUAUUGUUUAUUUAAAAGCCGUUCAAGUAACUGAUCAUUAA